GGAUAGGCAUUUCACUUGAUGUAGAAGUUGUUGUUGCUGGCAGAAAUGCUGUCAGGUCUCACACCAGCAGUUCUAGACCUGAUGAAAUGAUUUCAGUGAAAGUGGGAGGAUCAGGUAGGAGAAAAAUCCCUGAAUUAAUCCUUAAUAACAGAGGAAGUAGCGUUGAGGUAGCUGGAUGAAAGUUGCCAUGGAGGGAUGGAUGAUAUUUAUAGAUCAGGGCUUGUAUGUGCUGGAAUAUAUAUCAAAAGAGUAUUUCUUUGUAAAUGGCCCUGGCUUUCACCAUAUGGAGAGCAAGGCUGGUGCAUCCUUUGCUGCACUUCAUUUUCCACACCCAUGAGAUCCUCAAGCUCGAGUGUUGCACCCAGCCAUGUUACUGAAGAUCACCUUGUCUUCUGGAAGUAGAACCACAGUGAACAGAUGAAUCUCUUCAGCCAGACAUUCCUCCAGUAGAUCUCUCUCCUCAUGGAGCACCACGGCAGGGAGGAGAUGGAUACAAAAGAGGAAAGUCCUCAGGUGUGGGCUGACUCUGCUGAGCAGGAACAGAAUGCUGCUCAGGUGCACUUUGUCCCUGAGGGGGGGACGGUGGCACAGAUUGUGUACAGCGACGAGCAGGACCGGCCCUCGCAGCAGGUGGUCUACACGGCGGAUGGCACCUCCUACACAUCUGUGGACACCUCAGAGCACACGCUCGUUUACAUCCAUCCCGUGGAAGCUACACAGACUCUGUUUACAGAUCCGUCCCAAGUGGCUUACGUCCAACAGGAUGCCACCACCCAACAGGUAACUGUGCUCUUGCCUGCUGCUGCUCAGAGCAUGAAUCCCACCAACCUGUCCGUGCUCGGCAACGUUGCCGAAUCCCCCCAGCAAAUGGCUCUGGAGCAGGGUCCACAAGCAGAUAGAGCAUCAUUACCGGUGCAUAACCAGGUGUUACCUCCUAUGGAGGCAGUGGAUGGUUCUGACCCUUUAGCACCUCUGCAGAAUCAAAUGGGAAGCAUGGAAACAAAAGAGGAAGAUGAUGAGGAUGAAGAUGAGGAUGAGGAUGGGGAAGACACUGAUAUGGAUGAAUGGGAUCCAGAUCCACCUCGACCCUUUGAUCCCAGUGAUUUAUGGUGUGAAGAGUGUAACAAUGCCCAUCCCUCUGUGUGUCCAAAACACGGCCCUCUGCAUCCCAUCCCAAACAGGCCUGUGCUGACCAGGGCCAGAGCCAGCCUCCCCUUGGUGCUCUACAUAGACAGGUUUUUGGGAGGUGUGUUCUCCAAAAGACGUAUCCCAAAACGCACCCAGUUUGGACCCGUGGAAGGACCCCUGGUUAGACAAACUGAACUCAAAGACUGCUACAUCCAUUUGAAGGUUUCUCUUGAUAAGGGUGACAGAAAAGACAGAGAUUUGCAAGAGGACCUGUGGUUUGAACUUUCUAGCGAGGCUCUCUGUAACUGGAUGAUGUUUGUACGUCCAGCUCAAAACCAUUUGGAGCAGAACCUGGUGGCUUAUCAGUACGGUCACCAUAUUUAUUACACAACCAUUAAAAACGUGGAGCCCAAGCAGGAACUCAAGGUGUGGUAUGCUGCCUCUUACGCAGAGUUUGUGAACCAGAAGAUCCAUGACAUAUCUGAAGAGGAAAGGAAGGUUCUCAGAGAGCAGGAGAAGAACUGGCCGUGUUACGAGUGCAACCGUCGCUUCAUGAGCUCAGAGCAGCUCCAGCAGCACCUCAACUCCCACGAUGAGAAGCUGGACUUCUUCAGCAGAGCCAGAGGCCGGGGUCGUGGGAGAGGCAAGAGGAGGUUUGGACCAGGCAGACGCCCGGGCCGCCCUCCCAAAUUCAUGAGGAUGGAAGUAACCAGUGAAAAUGGGGAAAAAUGUGAAGAAGGGACACAGGACUUGCUGCAUUUUUCCAGCAAGGGGCAGUUUGAUGAGGCCAGACAAGCUGCACUGAAUGGGUUGGAACAGCAGGAGCAGACUCCAGUGCCAUCAGAGACACAGUCAGCACUGGAGCAGCAGCAGGCUGAGAACCACCCUCUCCAGAUCCCACCGCAGCACGACGAGAGCGCGGUGCCUGCGCAGAGCACUAUGACAGCAGAUGACAUGAGGCGAGCGAAGCGUAUCAGGAAUGCAGCUCUUCAGCACUUGUUCAUCCGAAAGUCCUUUCGCCCUUUCAAAUGCCUCCAGUGUGGCAAAGCCUUCCGGGAGAAGGACAAACUGGAUCAGCACUUGAGGUUCCACGGCCGGGAAGGGAACUGCCCUCUGACUUGUGACAUCUGCAACAAGGGCUUCAUCAACAGUGGUGCCCUCGAGAGCCACAUGAAGUUCCACAUGGACCAGAAAACAUAUUCCUGCAUCUUCUGUCCCGAAUCCUUCGACCGCUUGGAUCUGCUGAAGGAUCACGUGGCCGUUCACGUCAACGACGGCUGCUUCACCUGCCCCACCUGCAAAAAGCGCUUUCCAGACUUCAUCCAGGUCAAGAAACACGUUCGCAGCUUCCACUCAGAGAAGAUCUAUCAGUGUACAGAGUGUGACAAGGCUUUCUGCCGGCCCGACAAGCUGCGGCUCCAUAUGCUGCGACACUCAGACCGCAAAGACUUCCUCUGCUCCACCUGUGGCAAGCAGUUCAAGAGGAAGGACAAACUGCGAGAGCACAUGCAGAGGAUGCACAACCCAGAGAGGGAGGCCAAGAAAGCUGAUCGAAUCAGCCGCUCAAAAACCUUCAAGCCUCGAAUAGCCUCCACUGACUACGAGAGCUUCAUGUUCAAGUGCCGGCUCUGCAUGAUGGGCUUCCGGCGCAGGGGGAUGCUGGUGAAUCAUUUAUCAAAGAGACACCCAGAUAUGAAAAUAGAAGAGGUGCCAGAGCUCACGUUGCCCAUCAUCAAACCCAACAGAGAUUACUUCUGUCAGUACUGUGAUAAGGUGUACAAGAGUGCCAGUAAACGCAAAGCACACAUCCUGAAGAACCAUCCUGGUGCUGAGCUACCUCCAAGCAUCCGGAAACUGCGUCCUGCAGGCCCAGGAGAGCCUGAUCCCAUGCUGAGCACCCACACCCAGCUGACAGGCACCAUAGCCACCCCUCCAGUCUGCUGUCCUCACUGUUCCAAGCAGUACAGCAGUAAGACAAAGAUGGUACAGCACAUUCGCAAGAAGCACCCGGAGUUUGCUCAGCUCCCCAACACCAUCCACACCCCGCUGGCAACGGCUGUCAUCAGUUCCACCCCUGCUGUCCUGACCACUGACAGCACAACUGGAGAGACUGUGGUGACAACAGACUUACUGACACAGGCAAUGACAGAGAUAUCCCAGACCCUCACAACAGACUAUCGAACUCCCCAGGGGGAUUACCAGCGAAUCCAGUACAUCCCUGUGUCUCAAUCCACAACUGGCUUGCAGCAGCCUCAGCACAUACAGCUGCAGGUUGUCCAAGUGGCCCAGGCUACCUCACCUCACCAGUCCCAGCACUCCACAGUGGACGUGGGGCAGCUCCAUGACCCCCAGACAUACACCCAGCACGCUAUCCAGGUGCAGCACAUCCAGGUCACAGAGCCCUCGCCAGCAGCUCAGUCAUCCUCACAGGUUGGAGCUCAGCCUUUGAGUCCCUCCUCACAACCAUCUCAGCAGGAACUCAGCCCCUCACAGAUGCAGACAACUACAUCAACACCAAACCAAGGCCUCCAGCAGCAGCAAGGAUCUUCAGUCCAGCACACGUAUCUGCCCAGCACAUGGAACUCAUUUCGGAGCUAUCCAUCUGAGAUUCAGAUGAUGACCAUUCCCCAAGGCCAGUACGUGAUCACAGAGACCGCUGUAGGUACACCAGUCACCACUGUCAACACAGGGCAAGUGAAAGCAGUUACUCAGACACACUAUGUGAUAUCUGAAGGUCAGCCCGAUCUGGAUGUCAAACAAAACUCUUCACUCUCCACUGAGGUACAGGUCGGUGUUUCCCAACCACCAGCUCCCACAGAUCCCUUGGAAUCACAAGCAAGCACUCAGCAGCAAACCACCCAGUACAUAAUCACUACAACCACCAACGGGAACGGUGGCAGCGAGGUGCACAUCACUAAACCAAGAACUUUCUCAGCAGAACACGAAUGAAGAAGCCUCGUGGUGUCACUUUGCUUGUACUUGUCCCUCAAAAGCCCAGAUGUGUGGGUAUCCUGGAGCUCAGUGUGGUUUAAAGUACAUGCUCACUUCAACUAAAAUCUUGGAGCUCUUCUUCAUGCUUUAAGAGGGUUUAAGUGUCCAGUGACCAUGAAGUACCCUCAGAGUCCUUCUGGGAUGCUAUUUUAUGCAGCUUUUAACAGGAAAAAAAGAGGACAAGAGGAGAAGCAAAACUUCUGCUUGCUCUGGACUUUAUUUUUGGCAUGUCUGGUGACCCUUAUUUUUCCUUUAUGAAAAUGUCUCCAGUAAAGAACUUUUAAUUCUAUGGGGGGAAAAAAGCUUGCCUAACUGAAGGCCAACUGGCAGAUUAUGUUGCACGUGGUUUGGUUUUUUUCAUAGGAGCUGUUAAACGGGGCAACAUCACACAGAUUGCCAGACCAUGGCAAAACUGCUGCCUGUGUCUUCAUUUCAGCAGCCAAGGUGAAAGGGAAAUCUACCAAGUUAAUGCAAGCAGACUGCCUGGUGAACAAAGAACAAAGAGCAGCAGCAGCAAUGUAGUGGCUCCUUGUGUAAAUGUGCAGGGAUGGCUAGAAACAAGCUGUGAAGAUGUGCUGAAGUAAUCCAUUAAGUUAUUAUUUUUUCCAACCCUCAAGAACUGUUUACACACUGUCUCCCCUGCACUAUUUAACCCAGCAGUUCCAGAAAGAAGGAAGAAAAAAUGUAGUCUUAAAACCCACGUUGUGUGGAACAAACUGACUGAAUCCGUAGUAGCAUGUAAGGGUAGUGUGGAGCCACCCUUGUCUCUUUUUUCCCCUCCUUUAUUUGCAGGGAAAAUUGCCAUUUUGCCUGUAAACUGAAAAAAAACCCAACCCAACCAAAAGGCUCAGCUUAGCCUGCAUAGCAGCUCCUGCUGUGGCCUAAAGGUAACUGUGCCAGGAGAAAAAUAAGGGUACAGGAGCACACCUCUGUGAAGGCACAGGGUCGUCAUCUCUGUCACCACCUCAAAGUGGACACGUUUUUCCCCUUGGAUGGAGAGUUGGUUACUCCUGGUUUGUUUUUCCCAAUCCUUUGUUAACAAGGCAGUGUAAUUCCUUUGGACAGGUCCAUAAAAUGACCAGCCCUGGACUCAGGGAAUGUACAAGAAACGUGCUAGUGGACCACUAUUUAUGGGACAUAGCUAUCUGUGAGGGUUGCCUGCUUUUGGUAGACCUGGUCUAUGUACAGGAUUCAUGUUAUGUUUAGGGACCAGGAGAAAGGGAAGGAGAUUUCUCUUCAGGCAGUUUGUUUAAGGGGUUUUUUUUUCCUUACAUAAUUCUCCUUCACAGGUCUUGUUGGUCAGUUUCUAGUAUUUGCAACAAUAUACCUACGACUCCAUUUGACUCCUGAUGGGAUACACUGUGUAUGUCUAAAUCUCUAUUUACUGUCUGAAAAACUCACCCCAGAAUGUCUGUGCACAAGAGGAUACAUUCAUUUUGUCAGAGGCAAAGGAGGACGCUGUGUCUUUGUGGCCCUUGAGACUGAAGAACUGAGAGAGGGGUUGUGGGGGGUUUCUUUUGCAUUGUUUUCUCUUGUGCUGCGCUGAGUGUGAACGUUGGGACUCUUUGCAUAAGUCCUGACACAGAUUUAGAUGAAGAUUACCCAUGUAAGCAAGCACUACAGAUGUUUACAAGUUCUGGCAUCAGGAUUUAUGCAGUUAAAGCUCUUAGAUACAAGAGAACUUCACACUCAGGCUGGACAAGAGGAAGUCCUGCAGGCAAAGCCUUGUAGCAGGUAUUGCUUUGGUAAUGAACAUAUCUGUUUAAUAUGGCAUGGAAACAUCGACCAUGCAUAGUGAAAUACAUCAGAUUGAGAACACUGGCCAGCUUGAAACUGAUUAGAGGGUAGCUUUGAAGUGACUUGCUGAAAAGUUGAUUUUUUUUUCUCACUGUAAUGAGACUGGUAAAGUUCAUGAGGACCAGAGCUCACAUUCAGUCAAGUACAGCGAGGAGUGUCUUUAAAUUCAGUACAUUUGGGAGCCAUGCAACUGCAGGUCCCACCAAUUCAUUUUGAAGUUGUGCUGUUGAAGGCUUCUGAAACCACAACAUAGGGUGUUGUGGUGAUGUUUGUGUGGGACAUGGGAGACUUUUGAUUUGGUUUUCUUCCAGCUGACAGAUGACUUAAUAACAAGCCAAAUAUGGCCUAAGUAGUAGGGAAAUAUGAGAUUCCAGGUGGGUACUGCCCUAAAGGAGCAAUUUUCAAGUCCAAGAAGGUCUAUAGUCUUUAUAGAUAACAUCAGCCUUGAUCCCCUUAGCGAUGAGAUGUGGGGUUUAAAAAACAUUUGGCUCUAUUCUCCUUUGUUCAAAAGGAUCACAGAAUGAGGACAAUUUGUACCUGUUAUUUAAACCUGAAAGGUGUUCCAGAAACCAAUUCUAAAGCAGCCUCUUUGAACUCAAAUCUCCCAUCUCAGUGUCUACCCUUUAAUCUGUACCAAGAUUAAAUAAAUGCCUUGUUCCAGAAGCAACAUCCCUAGAAAUGUAUUUUCCUUCGUAAGAAAGGAAUUAGAGUGAUUGCACAAAUGGCAGAGAUGCCAGAACAAGACAACAUUUUGCAUGGGUUUGGGGUUUUGGGGUUUUUUUUCUGCAGUGCAGAAGGUAUAGGAUUUAUUAUCUUUUAAACCAGAGCAACCCAAAGAUCUGUCUCUUAGGUAAUGUCCCACAGGAUCUUGACUCUGUUCCCUGCAAGGGCCACGUUUUCCUUGAAGAUAGGCACAAGUGCAGGUUCCAAGGCCUAACACUGCUCCUUGUAGCCAUUUGGGGUUUGAUUUCCCACUUUCCUGGCAGAAGAAAAACUAAACCCAACCCCUUCCCUGAAUUUGCACCUGGUGGACUGCUCGAGCUGUUCGGCUCUGCCCUUUUCUCUUAUUUAACUGUGUAUGUUCGUUGUACAUUCGGUAACUGUUACUGUGUUCAGAGUCUUGUGCAACCUCGCAGCUGUGUAAAAAACAACUCGAAAUUAAUAAAUCUUUUCUUUUUUUACAAAAAA